AUGAGCAAGAGGUCUAGCCUUGCCGACGAGAUCACAGGAGAGUGGACCAACAAGAGCGAUCCUGGCUGGAUCAGGCUGGCGCUGUUCGGCUUGUUCGGCUCGCUGCCAGUGAUCUGCCUGCUGCAUUCUCCUGGCGAUAUUCCUGCUGUCCAGUUGAACAGAAUAAAUGCUAUUGAUUUGAGAUACUGGAAUGCGUCUGCGAUCGGAGACGCAUUCCUUUACAAAGCCAAGCUGAACCCUUACCAAAACUUCCCAGUGGUGACGGAAGUUGUCCAGAAGACAAUCAUGAAGACAGUCCCCAAGGAGGAAACAAGAGGCUCCCUGCAUGUUGAAGAGGUUUCGUCGCCAAUACGGCGCUCCACGUUUGUCCAAAGCAGUCAAACCCGACAUCAUCGACCCAAACCUAGCGCCCUCUCCCAGCAGCAUUCGACGACCGCUGCUCUUCCGCCACCGGACGACGGCGUCAAAGACCCGGUGUGCACUGCCAUCGACUGCCACUUCGGCGCGCAGUGGCUCCGAUCAAAGCUGGACUCGAGCGUCGACCCGUGCCAAGAUUUCUACCGCUACGUGUGUGGCACCUUCACACAAUACAACGAGUUUGCUGACGCUGCGCGCACCAUCUUGACGACUACCGUGUCACACGCCUACGAUACCAAAGUCCCAGCCACUGGUCAGACAUCGUGGCAGAAAGUAGCUGGACUGUUCCAGACGUGCAUUUCAAUGUCCGAGACGCGUCGCAGCGAGACCGAAGACCUUGUGGCGUGGAUGCUUUCCUUGAACCUGGACCUGAACAACGAGACAAAGUUGAGGUCUGUCGACACAGUGGACAUGAUAAUUCGCUGCAGCCUAGACUUGGGAGUCCAAGUCAUCUUUUCCAUCACCUUCCAUGCCACAUGGUUUCUCAAUAAUAGGAGAGUGAUGCAGCUAGAGUGCUGCCCAGAAGAAGUUAAGUGGAUGGACUCGCAAGGGUAUAUGGCUCGACACAGGAAUUCUGGCGACUACGUCAGGCUACUCCGCUUAUACGGUGUUAGCAGCCCACGCGACGAGCAACUCGCCACCAGGAUUAUGAAAUACGAGGAAUCACUGCACGGAAUUAUCAAAAACACAACACCGCCAGUAGCCCCCGUCGUGUCUGGAACCAUCCGUGGCAUGGGACAGACUACGAAGCCAUACGUGACACCAGGCAAGUGGUCUACCGUGUUUUCCAAGUACACCAACAACACCUACAGUGGCAACAACACGAUUGUGUACCAGCAGCACAUCCUGGAAAUUCUCGUAAAACUCAUCAAGCUUAACGCUGUGGGCAAUGAGGGACUUCGUCACCUGAUCACCUGGAGUAUGUUCCGGCAGCUAGUGCACUACACGGAGCCGAGUUAUUUGUGGGUCAACACGAGCGAGAGUGAAGCCUGCUACAGUAACGUCCUCCGGGUCAUGAAGCUAGCGGUCGUGAGCCCCUUCCUACAAUCGAGGGUCAAACCGGAAAUGGUGCGAGAGGCUGAGAGAAUGAUGACGAAAAUCAUGGCAGCCUUUCGAGCGGCCUUGGUGUCAUCGACCUGGCUCGAUGGCAAAGCACGAGCCAUUGCCAUUUUGAAGCUGGACAAGAUGAAGCACCACGUGGGGAGCCCGGGCCGUAGGCUGGACCCCGACUUUGUGGAGGAGCUCUACG